CCGACUAAUUGACCGCCACCGGUAUCGGCAGAGAUCCGCCGGCUGUCGUCUCCGUUCUUUCUCCCUCUUUCGCUUCGUCGGUUGUCUCUUCCUAACGGAGGAUUGAUCGAUCGUACGGGCAAGCGGUUUUCAGAAAUUGCCGAUGGCGAACGGCCAGAGUUCUGACUCGUCCGCGUUGCAAAAGUACGGCAUCCCUUUCUAUUCCGCGGCUUGGGUCCCGUACAAGGAACUCAAAUCCAAGCUCGAUCAGGCUCGAUCUGAUGACAAGCGGGAAGGAGAAUCAAGCAAGGAAUCCGAUGCUUCCGCUCCGGCGGACAAAGAUGGGGAUUCUGUUGAUAAGGAACCGUCUACUGCAGAAGCGCAGAAGACCGAUGGACCGGCUGCGUCGGAGUAUUACGUGGUUUUGGCUGGUGGUGGCGGCGAAGGGCGAAGUGGCAUAGCAAAUGCAAUUGUUGUUGCUCGAUUCGAUUUCGCUUCGAGUGCUCUCUCGCCGCAGCCCGUAGCUAAGCUUGUUCUUGGUUCAGAGUUGCCUUAUAGAAUGGCUGUUCACCCAAAAGGGGAUGGAUUAAUAUGUGCUAUGCAAAACAGUUGCAGGUUCUUUGAAUGGGAUGAGAUCGAGGAGAACGAAACUCGCAAACUGGAUGUCAAAGUUUCGGAGAAAGCCCUGGAUCUGUUACAAGAUGUUGGACAACAAUUAGCGUUAGCCUAUGACACUGACAGUUCCACUCUUGCUGUCGGUGGUGAGGAGGGAAACUUGAGGAUUUUUAAAUGGCCAAGCAUGGAAGUGAUUCUGAAUGAGGCUCAAGCACAUUCUUCUGUGAAAGACUUGUGUUUCAGCCCUGAUGGCAAGUUUCUCAUCUCCCUUGGGAGUCGUGGUCCUGGUAGAGUAUGGGAUGUACCUUCAGCAAAAGUUGUAGCUUCGUUGCCAAAUGGAACUGAUGAGGUGUUCUUCUCUUGUAGAUUUGCGCAAAGUAGGGAUAAUUCUCUAAUACUGUAUAUUGCUGCCAUAACAGGUAAAGGUGGAAGUAUAGUGACAUGGAACACAAGUUCUUGGAAAAGGUCGCGCUCUAAGCAUGUGGGUCGUGAUUCCAUUUCUUCCUUCAAUGUCUCGCCUGACGGAAGGCUCCUUGCAAUUGGUACAACCCAAGGGGACGUGGUAGUUGUAGAUUCAACCAAGAUGGGAGUUCAGAUGGUGGUUAGGAAAGCUCAUCUUGGAUUUGUAACUGCGUUGGCCUUCUCACAUGACUCAAGGGCUUUGGUAUCUGCUUCUAUGGAUUCCAGUGCACGAGUAACGUUGAUUAAGGAGAAGAAAAGCGGAGGAUCAAGCUGGUGGAUCAUUAUUCUCAUCGUAUUACUCGCAAUCCUCGUAUAUUUCCUGAUGGAAGAAGGCCUUCUCCCUGACUUUGACUAGUCGCUUUCGGUAUCCGGUACCAUAUGAAGGGCUUAUACAUCAACACAAGCAUUGCAAUGUAAAAUAUGCAGAAUCCGGCGACUCUGUUUCUGUUGGAACCUAACUAGGUUGAGUAUCAGCCUUAAAACGCCCAACCCAACUCGACAUUUUUGUGCCAAUAAAGGGAAACAAAUACGACUGUUUGACGAUGUAAAGUGAUGUAUGUUUGGAAAACAAGCUUAGAACACUGACUGUAUACCUGCAUUAUCUAUCUAUGAGCAUAUGAGAUGUGGUGACUGCAGAGUGUGAAUGUUAUCAGAAGCUUCUGCUUAUAUUUGGGUACACAAAAUAUCACAAAUAUCUUUUGAAGAAUGUAUACAAAAAUAUUGAAGUAUGACAAUAAUUAAUUAGUAUAAAUAUCAUGUAUUCAUUAGGAUAGUGUAAAACAAAAAAAUUGCUUUUAGCCCUAAAGUUGAUAUCUAAAAAAAACAUAUAAGCGUUUUCCCAAAAAUAACGUUUAGGAAUUCAAAUUUUAUGACUAUCCGUGCUUCCACGUCAUCACCUAAUCUCUCCUCUCAUUCUAAUUCCUUCUCUCUCCCUUAUGUUCCCAAUCCGAUGAAACCGCUUCCUCCUUUUACACGAUCCGAACGCCAACUUACCCCAGAAUUUCCUUCCUGUCUCGACAUCCAAAUCUUUCUUUAUAGAUCUGCCUCCAUUAGUGACAACAUUAUUCUCUAAUCCUAUACUUCUAUAACUCUAGCCUCUAGGUAUGUUACUGUAACUUUGCGUUUAUGAAAUUAGUCUUCUGCCGUUCGGCUUUGAUUUGUUUUUUCCAUUGAAAUGAUUCUUCAAAAGUGUUAUUAUAUUCUUACUGAUUCGGUUGUAUACAGAUUUGAGGUAAGUAUUCUUCCAAAUACAUUUCCCCAAUACGAAAUGAUAGAUAUUCACAAUGAGCACUAAUUUAUAUAUAUAUACAUAUAAUAUGAUAAGUUUGAGUGCUUUAAUUGAAAAUUUAGAACAUAAAUUCAUACAAUGGAACUUUUUAAACCUCCUUAGAUGACAUCAAUAUAAAUUAGAGAGGUUGAACCAUUAUGUGUGCAUGAUAAAUGUUAGUAGAGUUUUCAAAUUCAAUGUGACAUGUAUUAGAAUGGAGGGUAAAUGUUUACUCUUUAGGGUGAGAGAGAGAAAACUACCAGCAUAAGGAAAUUAGCAAUCCUUAAUAUCACACAAAUAAUAUUGGACAUUACUCUCUAUCCUCAAAAUUAGACGAAUAAAAUUAAUCACAAGUCAAUAUUGAUAAAUAAAAAAAAUCGAAUGUCUAACAGAGAAAUGUGUAUUUUUUUUUAAAUCUAAUACUACACAAUUAUUGAUUGAAUGUUGGUUGUACAGUUUGAGAAAUAAAAAAUUACUUAGUUAGAUAUCAUACAUAUAUUAAGAGACCACAAAUAUAUUUGUGAAUAUGAAUUGUUAAAACAUAGAUUACUUAAAAUUUUAUAAUAGUCUAACCAUAAUGAAAAAAUAUUUGAUUAAUUAGAUACCAUACGAAAGUCACCCGGCCAACGAACCGGGCAUAAAGUCAGUUUUUUUAAUAAGAAAUCAUACAAAGAAGUUGAGUUUAUAAAUAAGAUUGCGCAUU